UUUAAAACACCCUUCCAUUUCCCUCUACUCAAAGAGAAAGACCCAAAAGCUCCCAACACAUUAACUACAGCUUCUACAUGGCUUCCUUUUCAUUCCAUACCAUCAAAAUUCUGUUAUCCAUGGCAGUUAUCCUAACUGUCAUUCCCCAAUCUCUUUCUUUCCCUUCAAAACUAGAAAUAUCUACCAUUUCAGCAGCCCCGGCAACACUUCCAAACGCGCCGGUUUCCUCCCCACCUUACCUAGCACCCGACAUUACCCCGCUUUUGCCGUCCACAGGUGGAAUUGGACCGUCGCCGAGCAGCGGCGGCGAUGGAGGCCUGCCAACGAUACCGUCCAAUCCCAGCCCUCCAAAUCCAGAUGAGGUAGCGGCGUCGGGUCCCAAUUCGGCUAUUUCGCCAUCUGGGUCAUUCAGUGCCAUGGCCUCCACCACAUCUGGUUCAGCUCCUGGUUGCAGUGCUGCUGCUGCAUAUGCUGGUGUGAUGCUCUUUUGCUUCUUGCACUUGAUUGGAAGUAAUUAAGGUAGCGUUUGGAUGGCAUCUUGAAUUAUGAUUGAAUUUUGGAUCUUUGAUGUAGUUAUGUUUAUAUGAUAUAUUUUUUUUUAUUCCCAAACGUGCAUAAUAUAUAUUAUGUUUUUAUUGCU